UUUCCCCCUGUUUUGCCAGCUCUCUAAAACCCUAUUCUAAAACCCUAAUACAUUUACCCCACCAAAACUUCUCUCUGCUGAUACAGCAACUGUUCAAAUUUCUAACCACUGAUCAUGAAGGUCAAAACUUCGAAGAAGAAAGUUUCAGUUUCCAAGGGAACCAGAAAAGGGAAGAGAUUUUCAAUCGAUGAGGACUCCUUCUUCAGGCACGAGUCGAAGCGGAGGCGAAAAGCCAAAGAUGAAGACGCCGAGGAUGAUAUCAUUGAGAGCGAAGAAGAAGACGAUGAAGAAGGAACUGGUUCAGACGCCGACGGCCGAGAGGAACGGCAGGAGGAGGAUGAGUUCGCGGCGGAGACAGCUGAUGAGAAGAGGUUGCGAGUGGCGAAGGCGUAUGUGGAAAAGAUUCGGGGGAUUGUAAGCAGAGAGAGGGAGGAUGAGGAAGAGAGCGAGCGUGCUGAGGAGAGAGAAGGCCAGAGAGACUCGCUGGUUGCGCAGAUUCUGCAGCAAGAGCAGCUAGAGGAGAGCGGGCGAGUUCGGAGAUUGAUUGCUUCUAGGGUUCAAAAGCCAGAGACUGUCGAUGAAUUUCGGGUUUUAGUGAAGCACCGGCAGUCUGUUACUGCCGUAGCACUGUCCGAGGAUGACUUGAAGGGUUUUUCAGCUUCCAAGGAUGGGACAAUUGUUCAAUGGGAUGUUGACAGUGGGAAAGGUGAAAAAUACAUGUGGCCUACUGAGGAAGUAUUGAAGUCCCAUGGGGCCAAGGAUCCACAAGGUCGUGCUAUGAAGCAUAGUAAACAUGUUUUGGGAUUGGCUGUUAGCUCUGAUGGUCGAUAUUUGGCAAGUGGAGGUUUUGAUCGUCAUGUUCAUUUAUGGGAUACCCGUACAAGGGAGCAUCUUCGGGCCUUUCCAGGUCACAGGGGACCUGUGUCUUGUUUAACUUUUAGACAAGGAACUUCUGAGCUUUUUUCUGGUUCAUUUGAUCGAACCAUCAAAAUAUGGAGUGCAGAAGACAGAGCUUACAUAACCUCAUUAUUUGGACAUCAGAGUGAAGUAUUAUCAAUUGAUUGCCUACGAAAAGAACGGGUGUUAACUGUUGGACGUGAUCGGAGCAUGCAGUUGUGGAAGGUCCCUGAGGAAUCACGGUUAGUAUUUCGUGCACCUGCAUCAUCUCUGGAGUGUUGCUGUUUUAUUAAUAAUGAUGAAUUCUUAUCCGGCUCAGACGAUGGAAGUAUUGAGCUUUGGGGCAUGCUACGAAAGAAGCCUGUUUACAUUGUUAAAAAUGCUCAUGCUUUGUCAGCUACUCUCCGGCAACCUGAACAAAGUGAUGUUGGAAAAAUUCCCAAUGGUUAUAUAGAAAAUGGUAACCACAAUCAUGAAGACUAUAAUUGUUCAACAGCAUAUUCCUGGGUUAGUUCUGUAACUGUAUGUAGAAGCAGUGAUCUUGCUGCAUCUGGAGCUGCUAAUGGUUCUGUUCGAUUAUGGGCUAUUGGAAGUGAGACCAAAGACAUUCGACCCUUAUUUAAUCUUCCACUGGUUGGGUUUGUAAAUUCCCUAGCAUUUUCAAAAUCUGGACAGUUCCUGGUUGCUGGAGUUGGGCAGGAGCCUCGGCUAGGAAGGUGGGGACGUCUUCCAGCAGCUCGGAAUGGAGUUGCAGUGCAAUCCCUUAAACUCUCAUGAGAUGAAGUACAUGGUUUUUGUAGCUCUUCAAUUUUGACUAGUCAUGAGUUGAGAAAUUUCAUGGAAACACAUUCAUUUGUUUUUCAAUAGCCUAUAAAUUUAUUUAAGUUUACUAAGCAUAUUGAUUUUUGUACUAUUAUUUUCAUUCCCAGGGGAAGGGGAAAAAGGGAAUAUUAUGUGAAGAUGAGAGAGCCCUCCACAUAUUUGAUGAAAAAGAAGUUAUUUUGGUUGGGUGUUUUAAAUAGUUGAUCUUCCUACAGGGCUCUUUUCACUAGUUUGGAAGUUAAUUGGUUGUAACCUAUUGACUGGAGAGGCCUAUUUUAAUAUUGGGCUUCAUGUAGUGAUGAAAUUUGGGAAGAAUUUUGUUGUUUCAUAUGAUUCAAAGCGAACUAUUGAAAGUUGUACUUCAAA